CUCUUGUGGCCGUCACUGACUACGCAGGCAAACGCAACAACAAAGUCUGGAACAGAAAAUGUAUUAAAAAAUCAAAUUAAAAGCCAUUUAAUAAUUAAAUUGAAGCAAAGAUUAGAAAAUCCUCAACACAGAUAUGGCAUCCGCUACGGUAAGAAAUGUGCCGCUGCUUGACGAUGACACGAUACCCUUCGGCGAGGAGGAUGAGAUGCGCGAUCCAAGUCGCGCGGGACAAAAAUACACGCACCCAUAUGUAACGUUUUUCCACCUGUUCUUCAGGGGCGCCGCUAUAGUUAUUUAUAUGUUCUGCGGCUGGUUCAGCGAUUCCUUCAUCACAAGCUUUGUGUUCGUUGUCCUGUUCCUCUCCGCCGACUUCUGGACGGUGAAGAACAUCUCUGGCCGACUGCUGGUGGGCCUGCGAUGGUGGAACUACGUCGAUGACGACGGCAAGUCCCAUUGGGUGUUUGAGUCCAAAAACUCUGAUUCCUACCAGAGCCGGGUUAACAAGCACGAGCAGCGCAUCUUCUGGCUGGGUCUCAUUCUCUGUCCAGUGUUCUGGGGCCUCUUCUUCCUGAUCGCCCUCUUCGGCUUCAAGUUCAAGUGGCUAUUGUUGGUGAUGAUCGCCAUAGCUCUGAAUGCCGCCAAUCUGUACGGCUACAUCAAGUGCAGUUACGGAGCUGGAAAGGAUCUAAACGUCGCCGCCUCGGACUUUGUGAAGACGCAGCUCUUUAAGAACGCUAUGGACAUCAUGACCAGGCCCAGUACUGCACCGCCGCCGACCAACGUUCGUCCCACAGGAGUUGUUUGAGCUGAUUCUCUUUUGUUUAUAAGUCACCUUGCCACCGUCGCUGCUGUCUGGUGCAGUGCAUUCCAAAGAGUAUCCUGCGACGCUUCUUCUGGCCAGUUGUCCUGGCAUCCAUCGCUGUCUCCGUGUGUGUAUAAAAUAUUUAAAACUUAAUUUAGCCAUAUUGCAGUCUAUUGUAAACUUUUCUUACUUUUACUUCGAGUAAACGACAUCGACAAAUG